CCAUGUACCAAACGAUCCGGUGCAGCAGUAUAAAAUCCAACUCGGUACAGUCUGCCACGCUAGUCUGUAUAUAAUACCAGACUUUCACUGCCAGAGUCACCUGCAGCUUUCAUUAUCACAUUCGCUCAAGGAAGCAACACUUCUUAAAACUAGUUGACUUUAUAAGCCAGGAGAGUGAGAUGAGGGCGGUGUGGGCGUGCUUGUGGGUGGGUGUGAUGGCUGUCGUCAUCACUACCGUCAGCUCAGACGACAAUCGGGAGGUAGCGGUGAGCACUGGCAAAGCUGGCAAACAACUUCCCUACGACGAAGGAUCAUUUGAAGACACAACGGAGAGUCCACCAGACACUGGUGACCGGCCCACGGACUGUGCCGACAUCUUGAUUAAAGGCCAGAGGGCAUCGAGUGGCGUCUACCAGAUCUACCCCUUCUCGUGCGAGUGUGCCAGGCCAGUGUCAGUGUUUUGUGACAUGGAAACGGACGGUGGUGGAUGGACCGUUUUCUUGAAACGCGAAAACCAAAGUCAGCUAGAGAACUUCAACCAAAGCCUACAAGAGAGGUUUAACAGGUCGUGGACAGAGUACAAGGAUGGUUUUGGCUCACCUUCUCAAGAAUACUGGCUAGGCAAUGAAAUGUUGCACAAAAUGACUGUCAGCCGAGAAUAUGCAGUUCGUCUUGACCUGGAGUACAAGAACGGCGCCAUUCACUACUACACACGUUCCUCCUUCAAAGUUAACAGUGAAGCCACCAGCUAUACGAUGACAUACAGCGGCACGUCAGCAGGGAGCGUCUCGGCGAACUGCAUGACCACCUACAACUCUCGCCCCUUCACUACAUACGACCGUGAUAACGACGCAGCGACUGGGAACUGCGCCGAUUCAAGGGGUGGUGGGUGGUGGUACUACAACUGUCGCUACAACAACCCAACCUCCGUAUACAAAGCAGGACUCAAUUAUACCUGCUACUCAAACGUUGUAGUGGAGGUUGUCAAACUCCAGAUGAAGAUCCGACCGGUACUGUGCGACGCUACUACCAAGAAAGUCUUCCUAAACACCCCGCAAUGUGGCAGCUGUGGUUCCUCUGAUUAAUUCAUAACGCAGGAUGCUGUGGUACUUGUAGUUACGUUACUCUGUAAUACAGGACUCUUUAGCACGUGUAGUUACGUUACUCAACACAGGACUCUUUAGCACUUGUAGUUACGUUACUCUGUAACACAGGACUCUUUAGCACGUGCAAUUACAUUACUCUGUAACACAGGACUCUCUAGCACAUGUAAUUUCGUUAAUCCAUAACAUCAGGCACUGUGGUAGUUUGGCUUAUGUAUAACACCUGACUUUGUGCCUCUUGCAGUUAAUUAGGUUAAUUUGUAACAUCAUACGCUGUGGCAGUUGUGGUAGUAAUCUGUAACACAGGAUUCUUUGACCACAACAAGACAGUGGCCACAAAAAUUGACAGUGACCACAAGGCUCUAGCUACAAGAAUUGACAUUGGCCACAACAGCAACCUACAUUGGCCACAAUAACCGACAGUGGCCACAACAACCGACCGUGGUCUCAACAACCGAUAGUGGCCACAGCAACAACCGACAGUGGCCACAACACCAGUGACAACAACAGACAGUGGCCACAACAACAGACACUGGCCACAAAAAUUGACAGUGACCACAAGGCACUGGCCACAAGCAUUGACAUUGUCCACAACAACCUACAGUGGCCCCAACAACAGCCGACAGUGGCCACAACAACAACAGACAGUGGCCACAACAACAACAGACAGUGGCCACAACAACAGCCGACAGUGGCCACAACAACAACAGACAGUGGCCACAACAACAA